AGUAAUUAUUUUUGUUUUAGAGGGACUCUGAAUAUGUCUGGCAUAGCUCUUAGCAGACUUGCACAGGAGAGAAAAGCCUGGAGAAAAGAUCAUCCAUUUGGAUUUGUAGCAGUACCUACAAAAAAUCCAGAUGGCACGAUGAAUCUAAUGAACUGGGAGUGUGCUAUUCCAGGAAAGAAAGGGACACCAUGGGAAGGAGGCUUAUUUAAACUACGCAUGCUUUUCAAGGAUGACUACCCUUCUUCGCCCCCAAAAUGUAAAUUUGAACCACCAUUAUUCCACCCAAACGUGUAUCCUUCAGGCACAGUGUGUCUCUCCAUCUUAGAGGAGGAUAAGGACUGGAGGCCAGCAAUCACAAUUAAACAGAUCUUGUUAGGAAUACAAGAACUUCUAAACGAACCAAAUAUUCAAGACCCAGCUCAAGCAGAGGCUUACACAAUUUACUGGUAAGAAUUUUGCAUAUCAGCUUGGAAGCUGUCAUAUUGCCUACAGCUGUCUGUUACUUAUAAUAUAACAU